AAGCCCACCCCAAUAUAUAUUAAAAUAACAAGCAGCCUAAAGCGUCAUAGAACCGCUACAAUGAACAAACACAUAAGCUAAAGGACACCUAGAGUAAUUAAUUUAAAUGCGUCUGUGUACAAUGGAGAAAAUGAGGAGGGGGCAGAUGAGGGAUAUGAUCUGGCAGGGGUGAACCCGCACCGUAUGAAAGGAAAAGUGGGAUUGGAGCAGUGACGUUAUCUGCUGGAGCAGGAGAGAGAGAGAGAGAGAGAGGGAGGGAGAAAGAAACGGCCACUGGUCUCCAUUAGCUCACAACCAGAGGAGACACUUUGGGAUACUUCGGCUGAAGAGUUCUUUGGAUUUCGUCCCGUUUACGUUGAAUUUAUGGUUUUAAGUAAGAAAAAACUUGUUGACUGUUGAAGUAUCGGAAGUUUGAGCGGUUAUUCUGCUUUUGGGUUGGUGUAUUUGUGAAGGAUGGCGCUGGACGGUAUACGAAUGCCCGAUGGCUGCUACGCCGACGGGACUUGGGAGCUGAAGAUGCAUGUGACCGACCUCCAUAAGGACGUCUCUUUGCGGGUCACCGGGGAGAUCCACAUCGGAGGGGUCAUGCUAAAGCUCGUGGAAGAACUCGAUGUGAAGAAGGACUGGUCAGACCACGCGCUGUGGUGGGAGAAGAAGAAGACGUGGCUGCUGAAGACCCACUGGACGCUGGACAAGUACGGCAUCCAGGCAGACGCACGGCUGCUCUUCACACCGCAGCACAAGCUGCUGCGUCUGCAGCUGCCCAACAUGCGCCACAUGCGGGUGAAGGUCAACUUCUCCGACCGGGUCUUCAAGGCCGUCUCUGACAUCUGCAAAACCUUCAAUAUCCGUCACCCUGAGGAGGUGUCUCUGCUCCGUAAGCCCCGUGACCCCAAGAAGAAGAAGAAAAAGCUGGAGGAGGCUGAAGAGGACCCACUGGAGCUCGAGGGGCCACUGCUUACCCCUGGAUCAGCAUCUGAGGUCAUUUACAUCGGACCUGUGAAAGGGAGCAUCUACUCCAGCCCAGGCCUCUACAGUAAGACCAUGACCCCCACCUAUGACUCCAGAGACGGGAGCCCCCUGUCCCCCACCACGGCCUGGUUUGGGGACAGCCCCCUGUCCGAGGGCAACCCCAGCAUCCUGGCGGUCAGCCAACCCAUCUCCUCCCCAGACAUCCUGCUCAAGCUCUACAAGCCACAGUCCCUCCUGGACAAGGCCAAGAUCAACCAGGGGUGGUUGGACUCCUCAAGGUCUCUGAUGGAGCAGGAGGUCAAGGACAACGAUGUUCUCCUCUUGCGGUUCAAGUACCACAGUUUCUUUGACCUCAAUCCCAAGUACGAUGCCAUCCGUGUGAACCAGCUGUAUGAGCAAUCCAAGUGGGCCAUCCUGCUGGAGGAGAUUGAGUGCACAGAAGAGGAGAUGAUGAUGUUUGCCGCCCUGCAGUACCAUAUCAACAAGCUGUCCAUCAUGUCGUCUGACAAUCACAUGAACAACAGUGAGAAGGAGGUGGAUGAGGUUGAUGCUGCCCUGUCCGACCUGGAGAUUACUCUGGAGGGAGGGAAGACGUCCAACACACUGGGUGACAUCACUUCCAUUCCUGAGCUGGCCGACUACGUGAAGGUCUUCAAGCCAAAGAAACUGACGCUGAAGGGAUAUAAGCAGUACUGGUGUACGUUUAAAGACAUCACAAUCUCCUGUUACAAGAGUCGAGAGGAGGCCCAUGGAACACCCGCCCAUCAAAUGAACCUCAGAGGCUGUGAGGUGACUCCGGAUGUCAACAUCUCUGGUCAGAAAUUCAACAUCAAGCUGCUGAUCCCCGUCGCCGACGGCAUGAAUGAGAUCUGGCUGCGCUGCGACACGGAGAAGCAGUAUGCCCACUGGAUGGCCGCGUGUCGCCUGGCCUCCAAGGGAAAGACCAUGGCAGACAGCUCAUACAACCUGGAGGUGCAGAACAUCCUGUCCUUCCUGAAGAUGCAGCACAUGAAUCCUGACCCGCAGUUCAUCGCCGCGGAGUACAUCAACACGGACAUCAACCCAGAGUGCCUGGUGUCGCCGCGCUACCUGAAGAAGUACAAGAACAAGCAGCCAGGUUUUGUGAGGGACUUGAUCUCGACCCGGAUCCUGGAGGCCCACCAGAAUGUAGCCCAGAUGAGCCUGAUCGAGGCCAAGAUGCGCUUCAUCCAGGCAUGGCAGUCGCUGCCGGAGUUUGGAAUGACCCACUUUCUGGCCAAGUUCCAAGGCGGGAAGAGAGACGAGCUGAUCGGAAUCACUUAUAAUCGUCUGAUCCGCAUGGACGCCAGCAACGGAGAUGCCAUCAAGACCUGGAGGUUCGCCAACAUGAAGCAGUGGAACGUCAACUGGGAGAUCAAGAUGGUGACGGUGGAGUUUGCGGACGAGCCGAGCCUCUCGUUCAUAUGCACGGAGGUGGACUGCAAGGUGGUGCACGAGUUCAUCGGCGGCUACAUCUUCCUGUCCACGCGUGCCAAGGACCAGAACGAGUCUUUGGACGAGGAGAUGUUCUUCAAGCUGACCAGCGGGUGGAUCUGAGCAUGCUCCAAACCUGCCAACAGGAAGAGGGGGAGGGGGUUUGGGAAAAGGGAGGGGGUUUCUUUGUUUUUGUUGUGUUUUUUUUUUUUCCAUUACUAUUUGCCAUGACUGGUCUACGUGACACUGCAUGGUGAUCUUCUCUAAAAGCUGCCAUUAAGCUGCCGUUCAUCAUCGGUUAAUGCUCUUGACCGCAAUAUUAACACUAAUAUUAAUUUAAACAAGGCAGUCCAGACUGAAAAGAAACCGGAGCAGAUUGUCUCCAGUGUAUGGUAUGACCAGAGUAUGCCCCAUGAAGAGAGCAGCUACUCUUUGAAGGCCUUGAAUCCAUUGCUUUGCCUUAGGGCCGGCAGGCCUUCGAAUCCCACUCCGACCACCUCCUUGUGAGUAGGAAAGCUUUUAUGCAAACUGAAGUUGAGUUCGGCAGACGUUCUCCUGGUUUUGUUUUAUGGAACGUCUGCAGUGUCCUAUCUUUGUCCGGAAUUUGGAAGUAGCGAUGUGGUCUGACACAUUUGCCUUACAGUGUUUGCUAGAGAACAGUGGAACGCCAGCUAUUUAUUCUUGACCGACUGGGUCUGCGUUCCUUCGUGCUAAUGUAGGCUGUGUGUGUGUGUGUGUGUGUGUGUGUGUGUUUGUGUGGACUGCGUGCCAUCUUUGGCAUCCUUGGUGCUCGUUGGUGUGUCGGUGGAGUUGUGUGUAAUUACUGUGCCGCCUCACUGCGAUUCACACACCAUCGCUGACAGGUGUGUCUCCUCAUAAUAAUCUGUCCCAUAUACAGAUACACUACAGACUGCGUUGCCUAUCUUUGAAAAGAGGUUUGUGUGUGUAUGCAUGUGUGUGUGUGUGAGAGAGCUAGAGUGUGUGUGUGUGUGUGUGUGUGUGUGUGUGUGUGUGUGUGUGUGUGUGUGAAUAUGCGUGCACGAGGUGUGGGUGUUGGUGUGUGUUGGUGUGUGUUUGUGUGUGUGUGUCCUGCACCCCCUGCUCCUAUGGUGCAGUGGUUGCCUCGUGGCCUGCUUCAGUGACUCAGGCUUUGUUUUAAAAUUGAUGGAUUUGCUUCGUAACUUUACUCUCUCUCUUUUUUUCUUUUUUUAAUCUCUUGACCUCAUGAAGUCAUACUGAUAGCACUUCGAUGGUGUAAUGAAGGUCCCUUCGCAAAUAAGCUGUUGCUUCUGAAGUUGAAGUUUUUUUUAUCUCGCCUUUCCGUAUAUCUCACACCUGUUUUAAUCAUUUUUUAUGCAUGUUCAGCACUACAGGUGACUUGAGAUUGAACAAACAUCAGUCACUGUUGUGGUAACGAUGAAGAAACAGGACACACACACUCCACGAUUUCAGAAGAAAGUCACUAGCCUCUCCACCUUAGGCUGCUGAAGUUAUGGAGCAGUCCUUACCGGUGUAGAUGUGGUCCUUGCACGGCCUGUAACGGUUUGUGUCAAAGUCCAGAAAGGCCACUGCUGUGUACUAAAUUGUAUACUAAAGACGGUCAUGACAUCAUGCAUGCUAAGGGGGUUCCCAUGUUUGGCUCCCCACUGCAGCCUGUUACUUGUACCUGCCACUCUUAAUAGCACACCAUAUAGUAUUAUUCAACAACCAUUUUAUUGUUAUGCACCAGCAAUAGGUCAGAAGUUUUAAAAUGAAAAUACGAUGUCCAUUUUCUCUCAGUAUGAAGGAACUCUAAAGGAAUUAUUCGUUUUUUUGUAACUAAUGUAAAAAACAUUACAGGUUUUAUAGAAUUGUACAGUUGUUCUUGUGUUGCUGCUUUUUUUUCUCUGAUUUUUGGAAGUAUGUUUGUUUGUUCCAGAAGAGAAGGAAAAAAAAGCCAUCUAUCAGCAUUGUGUGGUUCAAACGUGUGCGCCUGCCAAUGGAAACGUCUUACUGAGUUUAUAAAAGAUAGAAGUAUAUAUAGAUAUAUAUGAAGAAACAAACCUGUCUCAAACUCCAGGAGACACUGCACCGUUGACUUGUUCACGGUGAUUUUGAUUAAUAUGUAUGAAGAAAGAGCUUUUUGGGUUCUGAGGUUGUAAUGCUUUUUCACCUAAAAUUAAGUAUAUCUGCUAUCUUGCCUAUUGAAAUGUUUUUUUUUUUCUUGGCCUUGUGAUCAUAACAAAUGUGUAAUCUUCCUCUGCCUGCAAACCUUUUGUUUCUGCUGCUGUUGCUAGUUUUAUGCGUGAGGCAAUCUUCGCCAGCCUAAUGCUAAUAUUUCUCUUUUUUUUUUUCUUUUUUUUUUUUACUGACCACAAUUUCAAGAAUUUCAGUUUCUGUUGGCUAUUAUUUUAAUAUUUGUUUUCUGUUUCCUAUAGAAAGGUAUUGUAUUGAUACGCCUAUCAUUCUGAGAGGUCCUCAAGACCCUGGAGUUUGAGACAAAUUGCCACUGCAUUCAAUUGAGAAGAGCUAGCUUAGGCCAUGGGUUCCCUCCUGUAUCACAUUCAUUUGGUUCUGCCUUUGAUGUACACAGACAGCAGCGCAAGCAUGCCCUGCUGAUUUUAGUCUGUAAAAAUGCAUUUAUUUUAAAAAAUUAAAAAAUAAUUUUUAUUUAAACCUCAAAA